AUGGCGCCUCCAAUUAUCCUCAAAGUGACGCAACGAUCUCCCCGAAAUCCUAUCAAGAAGCUACCAGCCAACAUCGAAAUUACAGAGAGAUCGACAGUUCAAGAUGUCAAGGAUAGGCUGGGUCUACAAGCCGGUGGGAUGGACCCGGAACGAUUGGGCAUCUGCGAUCCGGAGAAGAAGAAGAUCUUGAAGGACAGGAAGGCUCUUGUCAGCCAGCACAAGGAGGUUAUGGCAGGGCGGGAGAUCCUCAUCAAGGACUUAGGUCCGCAACUCUCCUGGACGACAGUCUUCGUGAUCGAAUACCUCGGACCUAUCCUAAUACACCUCUUAUUCCUUGUCAUCCGACCUUACAUCUACAAGAAUGCGGGCCCUAUGUCAACCUCCCAGCAUCUCAGCAUGGCCAUGAUAGUUCUGCACUUCCUCAAGCGCGAAUAUGAGACCCUUUUCGUCCACAAGUUCUCCCUCGCCACGAUGCCGUUACGCAACAUCUUCAAAAACUCCGCCCAUUACUGGGUACUCUCGGGUUUAAAUAUCGCUUACUGGAUCUAUGCACCUACAUCCUACGCCGCGCGUUCAUCGCCCACAAUUGACAAACUCAACAUCGUCGGAUUAGUACUAUAUAUCUUCGGCGAAGUGGCCAACUUCUACACACACGUUGCGCUCAGCAACUUGCGUUCUCCUGGAGGAACAGAAAGGGGUAUCCCCAAGGGCUUCGGUUUCGGCCUCGUUACAUGCCCCAAUUACAUGUUCGAGCUUAUUGCGUGGUUCGGCAUUGCGCUUGUAACCAAGAGCUGGAGCACGGUGCUUUUCUGGGGUUUUGCAUAUGGACAGAUGAGGCUGUGGGCGAUCAAGAAGGAGAAAGCGCUACGAACGGAAUUCCCUGAUAAGUACCGCAAGAAGCAGUGUGGUAUCUUCCCCACUCCGGCUGUGCUUGUUAAAGCUUUGGUUACUUGCUGGAGAAAGUUAGAGUUUCAAGAGCGUCGCAUUAGCAAAAGGGUACUAUUUAUCAUGGAACCUUUGAGGCGCUCGCCCCGAAGCGUGGAUAGCAAUAACUCCACCACCCCGAUGCUGCAACCUGAGCCGCCAUCGGAGAUCAUCAAGCGACAGGUUGCAGGCCAAGGCAGGCAUCGAGCCAUGGGCCACGUGGAAACGCAUGCCCAAUAUGGCGAUGUGAUUCGAGAUAUAAUUAUUGGCUUCGCGGAUGGGCUGACCGUUCCAUUUGCACUGACUGCUGGAUUAUCCUCGCUUGGUUCCGCGAGAUUGGUGGUCAUCGGUGGACUGGCUGAGCUGUUUAGUGGUGCCAUCUCUAUGGGCCUAGGAGCUUACCUCGCUGCUGUCACUGAGAGGGAUCAUUAUCUUGCUGAGGAAGAAAGAGAGCGUGCGGAGGUUCGAGAUACUCCGGAACAUGAGAGACAGGAGAUCUUCGAUAUCUUGGGGCGGUAUGGUAUUGAUGCGGAUACAACCAGGCCAUUAGUGGAUGCACUCUUGGCCGAUGAAGAUAAUUGGGUCCAAUUCAUGAUGGACUUCGAGUUGAAGCUUGAGAAGCCCAAUAUCUCUCGAGCCUGGAUUUCAGCAGCGACCAUGGGGCUUGCUUACUUUAUUGGCGGCCUGAUUCCAAUGACGCCGUACUUCCUCAUGGAGAAUGUCACCCACGCACUCUUUAUCUCUAUCGCGGUUACGGUCGUCAUUCUAUUGAUCUUCGGUUUUGUCAAGAACUAUGUCACUAUUCAGACCAGGCGAUCGGGAUUCUAUGGCGCUAUUCAGACCCUACUUAUUGGCAUCCUCGCAGCUGGUACGAGUUAUGGGAUUGUACGGGCACUCGAUACGAAAGAUCCGUAUCCUGGCUACUUCCUGGAUGAUUUGUAUUGGGGUGGUGGGCGAAUGCCACAUUAA